UGACUCAAAGCUCGCCGCUGGGAGCCGGGGGAUUUCCUGCGGCAGCCGCCGGCCGCCCCAGCCCGGGCACCGCUCGCGGCGACAUGCUGCCCUGCCUGGCGCUGACGCUCCUCCUGCACCACGCUGCAGCCCGGUCCCCCGUGCCGGUGGCCGGUGAGGUUGGCCGAGCCGUGCUGCUGGCCGCCGACGCCGGCCCGGGCUUCCAGCGCCGAGACGUCAUCUGGAGGUGGCUGGCGACCCACGAAGAGCUGGUGGCCACCUACUUCCGCGGCUCAGCGGAGACGCUGUACCAGUCGCGCUUCCAGGGCCGCAGCCGGCUCCACGCCAACCUCAGCCUGGAGAUCCUGCGCCUCGAGCUGGGCGACAGCGGCACCUUCUCAGCGCUGCUGGUGGACGCGCUGGGCCGGACGGAGACACGGGCGCUCCGGCUCACCGUGCACGAACCGGUGACAGAGGUGACCGUGGAGGUUUUCAUGCCCAGCCGGCACUGGGCCGGCUCCGGGGAGCCCUGCGAGGCCUUUCUGAGCUGCACGGUGGCCAGUGGCACUGCAGUCACCUACAGUUGGGUCCGCGGCGCCGGCCAGGCGCCCGGCACCGACAGCCGCGUGCUCGGGGAGGCCGGGCAGGUGCUGCGGGUCCUCCUGUCCCCGGCUGAGCGCCACGUCACCUACACCUGUACGGUGGCCAACGCCGUGAGCCGGGCCACCGCCACCUCCGUCCUGCCCUGGGAGCACUGCCGCCGCACAGGGCUGGCCGAGGCCGCGUGCCGCUACGGGGAGGUCCUGCUCUUCGCCACCCCUCUCCUGGUCCUCGCCACCGCGGCCGCCGUGCUCGCCGCCACCAUGGCCUGCGCCCGCCGCCCUGGGAAGCCACCGGCCACCAGCGCCAACACCGAGCCCGCUGCCGCCUAGGACGCCGGCCGAAAGAGGGGGAAAAGCACUUUCCGUAUUGCCGAACGGUGGGAGCAUCCGGGAACGACAGAAAAAUAAAAGGAAAAUCUGGAGCUGCC